UAUUAUUUUAAAAAUGAGAUUAAUAAUUAAAAAUAAUAGCAGUGAAGUUGGGGAAUAUGUUAGCCAAGUAAUUAAAAAGAGAAUUUUAGAUUAUUUUAAGAAUAGAACCGAUGGUAGACCCUUUGUAUUGGGUUUACCAACUGGUUCAUCACCAUUACCAGUUUAUAAGAAAUUAAUCGAAAUGUAUCAACGUAAAGAAAUCUCAUUUGAAAAUGUAGUAACAUUCAACAUGGACGAAUAUUGCGGACUUGAAGCAGAACACCCAUUCAGUUAUCAUUACUUUAUGUGGGAAAACUUUUUCAAACACAUCAAUAUCAAAAAAGAAAAUGUUCAUAUUUUAGAUGGUACUGCUAAAGACCACGAAAAAGAAUGUGCACAAUACGAAGAAGAGAUUCAAAAAGCAGGUGGUAUUGAUUUGUUCCUUGGUGGUAUGGGUGUCGAUGGUCAUAUCGCAUUCAACGAACCAUGCUCUUCAUUAUCAAGUCGUACUCGUAUUAAAACAUUAACCCGUGAUACUAUUAUUGUUAACUCUAGAUUCUUUGAUAAUAUAAACCAAGUUCCAACAAGAGCACUCACUGUUGGUGUAGGUACAAUCAUGGACUCUCGUGAGGUUGUACUCAUUGUAACCGGUCAUUCAAAGGCUUUAGCUCUCUAUAAAACCAUCGAAGAGGGUGUUAGCCAUAUGUGGACCGCCUCUGCCAUUCAAAUGCACAAAAAAGCUAUGAUUGUUUGCGAUGACGAUGCCACUGACGAAUUAAAAGUUAAAACUGUAAAAUAUUUUAAAGAAGUAGAAACAAAUUCUGAAUAUUAAUAAUAUUCAAAAUAAU